UGCGCGCCGCGCGCUUCCGGGUUCCCGCCCCGGACCCUCCCGACGGCGGCGUCGAAAAGGGGAAGCGGCCGCUCCGCCCCUUCCCCCCCCCGGGACCUCCGGGACCCCUCCCGGGACCGCCGGAGUCGGUCACGCCCCCCGAUCUGGCCACGCCCCCUGUUUCCCAGGAUCGUGAUUGGCCGAGGAAGACAUGGACGGGGCGGGGUCAGCCAAUGGGAAAGCGGCGGUUAACCGAACAGCCAAUGAGAGUGGAGAUACUGUAGAAGCAACGACCAAUGAGCAGCGAGCACCUGGAGAUUCCUCCAAUAGGGAUGAAAGGAGCCCGGGGACGGCCAAUGAGGAGCUCGGGCUGGCUGGUGCAGCAUCCAAUGGGAAUCUACUGCUUCAGGGCUCAUCCAAUGAGGGAAAAGGGAGCCCUGGCUCAUCCAAUGAGCAGCCAGCCCUGAGAGACUUGGCCAAUGAGGACGGAGGAGGUCAGCAUGGCCCAGCCAAUGAGGACAGAGGAGGUCAGCAUGGCCCAGCCAAUGAGGAGGCAGAGCCACACGACCUGACCAAUGAGGCCAAAGGGCCGCAGCAUCCAGCCAAUGAGGAUGCAGGACAUAAAGCUUCAGCCAAUGAGGUUGCAGCAGCAGCACAAGCCCCACAAAAUAAUGAUGCAGCAGCACACGGCCCAGCCAAUGAGGAGGCAGCACCUGGAGCCGCAGCCAAUGAGGACAGCGCCCUCCCAUCACCGACCAAUGGGAGGGCAGAACCCAGGGAUCCACCCAGCGCUUGCUCCGCCCCCUCCGCCCCUCCCUCCAAUCGGCACGCAGCCCCGCUGGAUCCAGCCAAUGGGGUGCCGCCGCUGCGGGCGGAGCCCUCCAAUGAGCUCCAAGCCCUCCCCGCCCCGCCCACCCGGACGAGAGACCCGUGGGAUUGGUCGCUGGAGGAGGCGUGGCUCCGCGCGCCGGAGGGGGAGGGGUUUGAGGACUUGGGGGCGGGGCCUGAGGAGCUGGAGGAGGAGAAUGAGGACGAAGAGGAGGAUGAGGAGGAUGAGGACGAGGAGGAGGAAGGCGAAUGGUGGCACAGCCCCGACGGCGCCAUCUCCAAGCAGAUCCUUCGCCGAGGCCGCGGCCUCUCCCGCCCCGGCCCCGGCUCCCUGUGCCGCGUCCUCCUCACCCUCCCACCCUCCCCCUCGGGGGUCCCUGCGGGCUGGGGGGGCCCCCCCUGCCCCUCCUCGGGCGCGGGGCGCUGGCAGACCCUCCGAGUGGGCACCGGCGAGGGCAGCUGGGCGGCGGCGCUGGACGCGGCGCUGGAGUCGAUGGCGCGGGGCGAGCGGGCGCGGCUGCGGCCGGCGGGCACCACGGCGGCUCUCGUGGUUCGCCUGGGGGGCUUCACCCCCUCG